GGUUAUAGAUCAUUUUAAAUAUAAGGCAUUUUUUUUCGAAUAUAUAAAAUGCUUUACAUAAAAAAGGAACGAAGAAAAAACGAAAAACUUCCGAUAGCCACAGGAAGCCCAAUUUUGUUACCAGGACCCGCGGCGCGAACAUCGCCCGCCAUUUUUAGAAAAGUCAGAUAUAAGAAAAGUAAGUUAUGGACUUGUUUGAUGAUUUGCCUCCCCCAGUAUGCAACGAAAAGAUCGACCAAAAUGGCGGACAGAAAGUAGGGUCUAAAAGACAGGGUGAUGCAGUUGAUUGUCGAGAAGAGUCGAAAUCUAAACGUUCAAAAGAUGUCAAAUACAAGCUAAGAGGAUUUGUUGCCGAGAGAAAAGGAGAACGAGAGGAUAUGCAAGAUGCACACGUGAUUCUGGACGAAUUUCUGUCCGAAGUCACUCCUGCACAAGUGAGUUGCAAUAUGUCAUACUAUGCAGUGUUUGAUGGCCAUGUUGGACCCAGGGCAUCUCAGUUUGCUGCCAAACACUUGCAUGAAAACAUCAAGAAAAAGAUUGCAAAAGUUGACUGCCAUCAAAGUGACAAGGAAAUAAAGAAGUGUCUUGUUGAUGCCUACUCCUUGACUGAUGAACAGUUUUUGAUAGAAGCUUCAAAAGAAACACCAACCCUUAGAGAUGGAUCAACUGCUGUAUCAGUGCUGGUCAUUGAUGACGUAUUAUAUGCUGCUAACUUAGGCGAUAGUAAGGCUCUUCUAUGUAGAUACAAUCAAGAAGGCAAGACAUCAGUUAUACCACUCACAAAAGACCACUCUCCUUCCGAGUAUAAUGAAAGAAUGAGAAUACAAAAGGCAGGCGGCAGUGUGAAAGAUGGUCGUGUACAAGGGAUACUGGAAGUUUCAAGGUCAUUUGGUGAUGGUCGGUUUAAACACUGUGGAGUUGUCUCAACACCAGAUAUCAAACGAUGCACAUUAACAGAUAACGAUAGGUUUCUUGUUCUUGCUUGUGAUGGACUAUGGAAAGGAUUUUCAGUGGAUGCUGCAGUUAAAUACAUCAACAACAUAAUAAAUGAUGAGUCAAUUAUAUGCGAAAAGGAAAUCGAAGAAAACAAAGGCAUGAUAAAAGACAGUGCAGAAAUGGACCCAGUGUUAUAUCGCUUCCAGACAGCCUGCAAUCGUAUUGCCAGUGACGCGAUCAGAAAUGGCAGCUCAGAUAAUGUCACAGUUAUGAUAGUAUCAAUAACUUCAUAAAACAAAUUCUUGUUUAAAACAAAGCCUUUAUUUAUCUUUUUGUUCUCUGCACUUCUUUCUUUUCAUAAAACAAGUACAGCCAACAAAAAGUACAAAUACAAAAUACAGUAUUCCUGUGUAAAAAAAAAUAUUUUUUCCAUCUACAACCAAUGUUGCCGUAACAACCACUUCAUUGCAGUGAGUAGGAUUAAUUCCUGAGGCUGCAAGGUGAAGCAAAAUAAACUACACGUAUCCCUUACUACCAUGCAGUUAACUUCACAAGUGUCAAAAUUUCUUAAAUUUUACUUAUCAUAAAAUAAAAAUAUCAAUUUUAAAUAAAUA